AUGAUAGAAAGUAAAUUAUUUUACAUUAUAGCGGAGAAAGUUAAAAGGAAUUGUGAAUAUUUAAUAUUUGAUAUAACCAAACCAAAUCUAAUUGAAAUUUUCAAGGCAAUCAAAAAUGAUAAAAUUUUUUAUAUUCAAUUUUUUAAACUUUAUAAAAAAGAAAUCGAUAGAUUUAAUAAGAAUAAUGAUAAUGUUGGUUACUAUUAUGAUAAUGAAUAUGAAAGUUUCAUAGUCAAUCAAUUAAUUGAAUCUAGGAAUUUACAAGCAAUUAAAAUAUUAGUUGAUACAUUUAAAUAUAAACCAAAUUUGAAUAACCUAUUAAAUUCAAUUUAUUCAGGUUCAUUCAAAAUAAUUGAAUACUUUAUGAUGAUGAAAAAUCAUUUUCAAUUAUCAAAUAUUUCAAUUACAAAAUCUUUAAAAAAUAAAUUUGAUUCAAAUUCUUUUAAUGGUUUAUUAUAUUAUUCAAAUCUAUUUACAAUUUUAAAUAAUAGUGAUAGUGGUAGUGCUAGUGGUAUUGGUAGUGGUAUAACAGUUCAUUUUAUAUGUGACAGAAUUCAAAAUUCAGAUUUUAAAAUAAUUGAAAAUUUUACAAUAAAACAAUUAAUUUCAAUUUGUAAAUUAUUUUUUAAAUAUAAUCCAAAUAAUAAUAAUAAUUUAAUUUCAGUUCAAGAAAUUGAUGAAUUCAUCAUUAAAAAUAAAAUUAAAAUUAAAAAUCAAACUUUAAAAUCAAUUAUAUUAAAAUUAUUAAUAAAUAAUCAUGAUGAUGACAAUAGUAAUGACAAUAGUAAUAAUAAUAAUAAUAAUAAUAAUAAUAAUAAUAAUAAUAAUAAUAAUAAUAAUAAUAAUAAUAAUAAUAAUAAUAAUAAUAAUAAUAAUAAUAAUAAUAAUAAUAAUAAUAAUAAUAAUAAUAAUAAUAAUAAUAAUAAUAAUAAUAAUAAUAUAGAAGGGAUUAAAGAAUUUAUAAUAAAAUUAUUAGAUUUAUUUUAUUCAAUGUAUAAACACAAGAAAACACCAAUUAUAGAUAUUUUAUAUAAUGAAGAUUUAAAUAACAUUAAAACAAUUAGCUUUUGUUUUAAAUUACAUUAUUAUUUAAAAUUAUCAUUAAGAUUUGGCGCACCUACUUUAUUUAUUAAAUGUUAUAGAUUUAAUAAGGAUAGAUGUUUAGAAUCAUUUUUAAUAAAACAAUUUAGAAAAACAUAUUCAAAUUCAAAUUCAAAUUCAAAAACAGUAUUAUUCUCACAUUGUAAUAAUAAAGAAAAACAAAUUGAAUUUAUAAAUCAAGUUAUUAAAUUUAAAAAUGAUCUUCCAAAUCCACUUUUAUUUUUUUAUUUAGUUAUUAGUUUUGAUAGUUUAGAGUUAAUAAAAAUGGUAGAAAAAGGAUUUACAGAUAAUAAUAAUAAUAAUAACAACAAUAAUAAUAACUUACUCGAAUAUAAAGAAACCUAUAAUAAUAAAAUACCAUUCAUAAUUACACGUUAUAUUAGAUCAAUACAGGUAAUGGAAUAUUUAUUUGAAAAUCAUAAAAAUCAUUUUAUUCAAACCUCUUCAUCUUCAUAUAUUAGUUUUUUUAUUAAUUUAAAUUUAUUCAAACAUUUUGAAAAAUUAAUUAAAAUUGAACAAAAUGAAAAUGAAUUUUAUGAUAGCAAUAAUAAUAAUCCAAAUAAUAACGAUAUCUCCAAUAAUAAUAACAAUAAUAAUAAUCCAAAUAAUAAUAUUAGAAAUUUAAAUGGUAAAAUUUAUAAAAUUCAAAGUUUUAAUCCAUUUGGUAAUUGGUUUACAAAGGAACAUCAUUCAAUUGAAAUUGUUCAAUAUAUACUUUCAAAACCAAAUUAUUAUAAGAUAGAAUAUAGUCAAUUUUAUUCAAAUUGUGAUUAUUGGUAUCCUUCUAACGGUGGUGAUAAUUUUAGAUUAAAAAUGUAUAAAUUAAUUGCGCUACAUGCAAUUAAUCAACCAGAGGUACUUUCGAAUAUGGAAAUUACCCUACCGAUUAGAUCAAUGUCGUUAUGUCUUUUAAAGUUAUUGAAUUGGUUAUUCAUUAAUUUUAAUGACCAACUUUUACCAAAAAGUAGUGUUUUUAGUAAAGGUAGAUUCAUUUCAACAGGUAUAAUUCAUCGUUAUAUUAAAACAAUUGUAACCACUUGUGAUUACAAUGAUAAGUAUUUAUAUUUCGGUGAUUUUCAUAAUAUACCUUAUUACGCUUCAGAAUUUGGUAAUUUAUAUUUAAUUGAUAAAAUUUUUAAUAGAUUCGUUUUAGAUGAACCAUAUUUAAAAGAAAAUCAAAAAUCAAUUGAAAAUGUAAUCUAUUUAAUGAUUUUAACAAUCAUUAAAAAAUCAAGAUUUUAUAUUUUAAAAUAUAUUUUUAAAAAUUAUAGUAUUGUUUUUAAAAGUAAUAAUAAUAAUAAUAAUAAUAAUAAUAAUAAUAAUAAUAAUAAUAAUAAUAAUAAUAAUAAUAAUAAUAAUAAUAAUAAUAAUAAUAAUAAUAAUAAUAAUAAUAGUAUUUUAUCUUCAAUUAAUUUGAAAAAUUUAUUAUUUGAAUCUCUUAAACUUGGUCAAAUUAAAACUUCAGAGUUUCUUUUCCAAUUUACAGAUAUUUCAAAUGAUGAAUUUAAAAGAGUUGCAAGUAAAAAUUCAAUUAAUCAUUUUGGUAAAAGAUUUACUAAAAAGUAA